AUGCCUUCCUACAGCGUGCUCACAAGCACCUACAUGGCUCCCGAAGUCAACCCUCUCACAAACAAAGCAUUAUCAAUUCCAAUUUUCAACCCGAUCAAUCGAUAUGGCAGAGUAUUCUUCUUCUCGUGGCUCGGUUUCUUUGUCGCGUUCCUGUCGUGGUUCGCUUUUCCACCUCUGUUGACUACCACCAUUAAGAAAGAUCUCAACAUGACCCAGGCCGAUGUAGCAAAUUCUAACAUUGUAGCACUCUUGGCCACUCUCCUCAUGCGAUUCAUUUGCGGGCCUUUGUGUGAUAAAUUCGGACCUCGAUGGGUCUUCAUUGGAGUCCUAUUUUGUGGCGCCAUCCCCACUGCCAUGGCAGGCCUGGUCACCACAUCCUCUGGCUUGAUUGCAUUGAGAUUCUUCGUCGGUAUCCUCGGCGCCAGCUUCGUGCCUUGCCAGGUGUGGACCACUGGAUGGUAUGAUAAGAGUGUUGUUGGUUAUGCCAAUGCCCUAGCUGCUGGUUUGGGUAAUGCCGGUGGUGGUGUGACUUACUUCGCAAUGCCCGCAAUCUUCGACUCUCUCGUCAAACAGCAGGGUCUCUCUGACCACAAAGCCUGGAGAGUCGCCUACAUCGUCCCAUUCCUCAUUAUCACCGGCGUCGCUUUGGGCAUGAUGUUCCUCUGCGACGACACCCCAACUGGAAAAUGGUCCGAACGCCAUCUCGGAGGCAUUGAGACUCCCAUGGUCACAUCCAACUACCCAGAUGCAUCAUCGCCUUUCACUUCCGGCACCACAACCCCCAGAAUUGCCAACGAAAAGAUCGACGGCAAGAUCGCUUCUUCCUCGUCUGCUGCCUCUGACACCGAAGCUCAGGUCGACAACUCCAAGGGUGAUGUCAUUGACGAGAUGGUCAUUGCACCAACAUGGCGCGAAACGUUGCAGGUCACUUUCAGUAUCCCCACCAUCUCUCUCGCUGCUCUGUACGCUUGCUCCUUCGGUGCUGAAUUGGCCCUUGACGGCGCCUUGGGUAACUACUACACCAAGAACUUCCCGAAAAUGGGCCAGACCAAGACCGGUGAAUGGGCAGCCAUGUUCGGUCUUUUGAACGUCGUCACUCGUCCCCUGGGAGGAUACAUUGCAGAUGUGAUCUACCGUCGCACUUCCUCCGUGUGGGCUAAGAAGAUUUGGCUGACAUUCUUGGUCAUUGUCACUGGAGCGUUCUUGAUUGCCAUCGGUCUCACAAACCCCAAAAGCGAAGCGACCAUGUUUGGAUUAAUGGCUGGAAUGGCUGUUUUCCUCGAAGCUGCCAACGGCGCUAGCUUUGCCUUGGUGCCUCAUGUGUAUCCUUUCGCCAAUGGUAUUGUCUCUGGUACAGUCGGCGCAUUCGGAAACCUCGGAGGUGUGAUUUUCAACAUUAUCUUCAGAUAUAAUGGCACCCACUACGACCGUUCUAUCUGGAUCAUGGGUGUUAUUACUUUGGGUGUUGGCGUGUUACAAUCCUGGACUCGACCUGUCCCCAAAGAGGCCAUUGCAGGAAGGCGUUAA